AUGGAGGAAUCGGGCAAUUUCAGCGGGCAGACUUAUAGCGGCUAUUCAGAGUUAUCUACAGGAGAGAAGAUCACUUGUAUCGUACUGUAUGCUAUACUGAUGAUUCUGAUAGUCGUAGGAAACGGGCUACUCCUGUAUGUAGUCAUCAAAGCCAAGGAAUUGAAGAGAAGCAGCCGCAUCUUUCUGGUUUCGCUGACUGUGGCCGACCUCUUCCUUGGUCUUGUUGUCAUCCCAGUGCGCGUCGUACCGCAGAUCAUUGGCAUCUCAAUCGGCAGCAACUGGACCGCGCCUGACCGGUUCUGCGAGGCGUUAUACGUCCUGCAAAUCGUCGCAAUUGGAGCCUCAGUCCUAACGGUACUGGCCCUGAGCAUUGAGAGGUAUCUGGCCGUGGAGAUGCCGCUGAGGUUCCGGUCCAUGCUGACUUCUUGUCGAGCGUGCGUCGUGGUUGUUUGCUCCUGGCUCAUGAUCCUUUGCACGGCGUCCAUCCUCAUCCUCCUCUCGGUGGUACUCGAGGGUCGAUUCGUAGUCUUUGACGGGUAUUCGUCGUUGUGUAUCGUCAACAGACAAGGUGGGGCGACCCUUUUCGUGUUUCUUGGCUUCAUCGUUGUGUAUUUCCUCAUACCAUUUUGCGUCACUUGUCUUGCUUCGAUUCGCAUUCUGUACAUCGUAAAUCAUCACGCCGCAUUUCAGAAGCGCAAUAAGCCGUCCGACUGCAAUUGCACGUGCAAACACACAGCAGAGGCGAGCGGAGCCAAACAGUUGCCCCAAAGGUUGUGUAAUGGAGUUUGCCGCGGACUCUGCAAGUGUUUUCUUGGCAAUAAGAAAGCCUUGGUCACCGUUCUUAUUCUCACGCUUUCCUAUGCAGCCUUCAGUGUUCCAUUUGUUGUUUGUGUGUUUUACAUGAAGUUUUCUCCCUACAUUUUUGACCAAUUCCUUGUUGAACUAGCAACGUUGUCAUUGUUCAGCAGCUGUUUCAUCAAUGUCAUCGUAUACACAGGACGAAACAGGGCGUUCAGAGGGUCAGCCAAGCACCUUCUUUGCCGACUGCUCCAUGUGAGAUGCAACACUGUUAGAAGGCAGCCAGUCAGAUCGCAAUCCGACAACCUGAAUGUCAGUGUCUCCACCCAAGAUACACACUUGUAA